AGAUGAACAGUCAUGGACACCGUCUCCUCGUUGCUCUGUCCUCUCCUCGUCCUCCUCUCCUGCCUCCCCCCCUGCGUCUCCAACAUGCUGUGUCCGAAGCGCUGCACCUGCCAGAAUUUGCUGCCGUCCUACACGGUGCUGUGCGCCAAGACGGGCCUCCUCUUCGUGCCGCCCAACAUCGACCGGCAGACGGCCGAGCUCCGGCUGAUGGACAACUUCAUCACCACGCUGAGGCACCGGGACUUCGCCAACAUGUCCAGCCUGAUCCACCUGACGCUGAGCAGAAACACCAUCAGUCAGAUCAGGCCGUUCACCUUCGCUGACCUCCAGGACCUGCACGCCCUCCACCUGGACGCCAACCGCCUCACGGUCCUGGACGACUCCCACUUCCAGGGCCUGGUGAACCUGAGGCACCUCAUCCUCGCUAACAACCAGCUGCACAGCAUAUCAGAGGGAGCCUUCCAGGACUUCCUGGAGACUCUGGAGGACUUGGAUCUGAGUUACAACAACCUGGUGGACAUCCCCUGGGAGACCAUUGCUCUGCUGGUCAGCGUCAACACCCUGAGCCUGGACCACAACCUCAUCGAGAACGUCCCCGAGGGAAUCUUUUCCAACCUGCACAAGCUGGCUCGACUGGACAUGACGUCCAACAAGCUGAAGAAAAUACCUCCAGACCCGUUGUUCCUUCGGAUCCCGGUGUACGCCAAGAUGAAGGGUUCUCCUCUCACGGCGCUGGUUUUGAGUUUUGGUGGGAACCCUCUGCAUUGUAACUGUGAGCUGGUGUGGCUGCGAAGACUGACCCGCGAGGACGACCUGGAGACCUGCGCUUCACCUAGAGACCUGGCUGGGAAAUACUUCUGGACCAUACGAGAGGAAGAGUUUGUUUGCGAACCCCCGAUGAUAACUCGGCACACCUCCAAGAUGUUUGUGAUGGAGGGUCAGGAGGUCAGCCUGCGCUGCAAAUCCAUCGGGGAUCCUGAACCUUCGACUCACUGGGUCAGUCCUGACGGGAAGCUGAUCGGAAACACGUCCAGAACCAUCUGCUAUGAAAACGGUUCACUUGACAUCCUCAAGGCCUCCGUCAAGGAUUCUGGAAAGUUCACUUGCAUAGCGUCCAACGCAGCUGGUGAGGCCACCGCCCCUGUCGAGUUGGUCGUCAACCCUUCCCCGCACUUCGACCCCAAAGUGGAACUAGAUCCGGGGCCUUCAGACAUCCCAACGUCCAUCAAAUCCAACGUGAGCGGAGGCCAUCCCAGGUCCGACCAGCAGAGGGUCAGUGUGUCGGAGCUAACCUCCAGCUCCGCCACCAUCAGAUGGCCGCCUCAAAACCACAUCCCAGGAGUCCGCAUGUACCAGAUCCAGUACAACAGUUCUACAGAUGACAUACUCAUUUACAGGAUGGUUCCUGCCAACCACAAGUACUUCCUGCUCAGCGACCUGGCGUCGUCCCGGGACUACGAGCUGUGCGUUCUGGCCGUUUAUGACGACGGCAUCACGACCCUGACGGGCACCAAGCUGGUGGGCUGCGUGUCCUUCACCACGGACUCGGAGUACGGGCGCUGUCACUCCAUACGAGACCAGUUCCUGGGGGGUACCAUGAUCAUCAUCAUCGGGGGGAUCAUCGUGGCCUCGGUGCUCGUCUUCAUCUUCAUCCUCCUGAUGAAGUACAAGCUUCAUAGUAACCACUACAAGCAGAAAGCUGUCGCUCGCCACGCCAACGUCUGCUCGCAGACCAACGGAGGAGGAGGAGGCGGGGCCAACAUCCUGGCUCCGCCUCCAUCCUCCUCUGCAGGCCAAGCUGUUAUUAAAAACUCUCCGCCGUCGUCGUCCACAGAAGGGAUGGGCGGAGCUUCUCUGCGAGGGACAACAGUAGUGGACUUAAAUCCUACUCAUGAGGACGACGCCGUCUCCCAAUAACACACAAGAAACUGUCCAACCUCUAACAACACACAAACUCUUCUUUAUUUGUCUUUUUUAAUUUUCUACUUGUUUCUUGUGCCUGGAGACAAACUCACUUUUACGUCAUGGAGCAGCUUCAGUUCUUGGUGAGUAGCUGACGACACACACACACAC